AUGGGCGUCCUGCGGAGCACGCACAGCAUACAGGCCGAGUUGGCGGAGAUGCGCUCCGCGCUGUUCCACGGGGUCGCGCCCGGCUGGCGGCCCACCGGCGACGCGAGGGCCCUCAAGCGCGCGGUCGGCGGGCUGGAGGGCGGCGCCGGCGGCCGCACCGUGUGCGUGACCGGCGGCAUAUCGUUCGUCGGGUUCGCCGUCGUCGAGCGACUCCUCCGCCACGGCUACACCGUGCGCCUCGCCCUCGAGACACAAGAGGACCUUGACAAGCUAAGGGAAAUGGAGAUGUUCGGCAAGGACGACAGGGAUGGGGUGUGGACGGUGAUGGCUAACAUGAUGGAACCCGAAAGCUUGGACCGGGCAUUCGACGGCUGCACUGGCGUGUUCCACACCUCGGCUUUUGUGGAUCCAGGGGGCAUGUCUGGCUACACGAAACAUAUGGCGGCCUUGGAAGCCCAAGCGGCGGAGCGGGUGAUCGAAGCGUGCGUGAGGACGGAGUCCGUCAGGAAGUGCGUGUUCACCUCGUCGCUGCUAGCAUGCGUGUGGAGGGAAAACCACCCUCAUGACACACGGGGUCCUAGCAUCAUCGACGAGAACUGCUGGAGCGACGAGACCUUCUGCCGCGACAAUAAGUUGUGGUUCGCAUAUGGCAAGACGGCAGCGGAGAAGGCGGCCUGGAGGGCGUCCCGGGGAAGCGACCUCAAGCUCGUCACCGUCUGCCCUGCCCUGGUCACCGGGCCGGGGUUCCGCCGUCGCAACUCCACCGCAUCCAUCGCGUACCUCAAAGGAUCUCAAGCCAUGCUAGCCGAAGGCGUCCUGGCGACGGCGAACAUUGAGACCGUCGCCGAGGCCCACCUCCGGGCGUACGAGGCCAUGGACAACAACGCGGCCGGCGGGCGGUACAUGUGCUACGACCGCGUGAUCCGGCGAGCCGAGGAGUUCGCGGAGCUAGAGCGGCAGCUGGGGAUGCCUGGCAGAGCAGCGACCGUGCAGAACGUCGACGACAGGCCGGCGAGGUUCGAGCUCUGCAAACGGAAGCUGGGGAGGCUGAUGUCGUCCAGGAGGAGGUGCACAUACGAGGACUAUUACCCUAUGACCAGGUUCGAGUAGGUUGCUAUAACAAGGCUGGCUGAUGGGGGGUUAAUUUGAAGGCAGUUCAGUGGGUUCGACUAAGUUCUACUUCUACCGCUGCACAUAACAUCGCGCAAGGAACAAAGAAUGAAGAAGGGACUGCCCCGAGUGGUGCAUGCUGCUUCAUGCGGU